AUGGAGAUACAGCACAUGAAAGAGCUCGAAUGGCCUAAACCGAUACUAACUUCCUCCAACAAGAGAAAUCAAAGAAAGUAUUACCAUUUUCACAAAGAUCACAGACACGAUACAGAAGAAUGUCUACAAUUGAAGGAAGAAAUCGAGCGCCUGCUAAGGCGGGGACUAUUGGCCAAGUAUGUAAAAAACGACAGGGGCAGACAAAGGCUCAAAGGGAUACCCCCACCAAGGUCAAGAGUGAUAAACAUGAUCAUUGGGGGAGUAGCAUCGGGUGGCGACUCGAAUUCAGCUAGGAAGAGCUAUGCGCGUUCUGCAGGGGUCUGCUCUAUCCAAAAAAGGCAAGGUUCAACCAGAGCAUUACUUUCGACGAAGAGGACUUGA